UUUGACUUGAUCUUGUCCUGAAUGAAUCCAACUAACCACAUGACUAAGCAAUUAAGAAUCACUAAUUAGGUCAUAUUACCCAUGUUAAUUUCCUUUCAUAUGAGCUAUCAUUUAAAAGUCUUUGAGAAAGUGGCAACAACAUUGCUACAUGCCAAUUCAUUUAAUCAAAAAUAUAAUUAAAUAUCCCCCAAAAAAAAAAACAUUACUUCUAAUUUAACCGCCCAAACAAGCCACUAUAUAUGAACUCAAUCCACUUCCUCUAAUCCCAUUACCAAAUCACCCUAUUCUUUUUUUUUCUUAUUUUCUUCUCCAUUUCUUGAUUUAUUCAAUGGGUCAAGAACCAGAAACCAUUCACAAAAAUGGGCACAAAGAACUUGUACAUGUUUUCAUGGUAUCUUUUCCGGGUCAAGGCCAUAUAAACCCACUUCUUAGGCUUGGUAAAAGAAUUGCUUCUAAGGGUCUUUUAGUUACUUUCACAACUACUGAAAAUUUUGGGCAAGCAAUCAGAAACUCUAAUGAUGCGGUAUCGGAUCGACCCGUACCCGUUGGUGAUGGGUUUAUCCGAUUUGAGUUUUUUGAUGAUGAAUGGCCCGAUGGUGACCCGAGAAAACAUGAUAUGGAUCAGUAUCUUCCUCAACUUGAUAUUGUGGGUCGUCGUUGGGUACCCGAAAGGAUUGCGGCUUUGGCCCGUGAGGGUCGACCCGUUGCUUGUCUUGUUAAUAACCCGUUUCUUCCUUGGGUUUCUGAUGUGGCCGAUGAAUUGGGGUUAUGUAGUGCAAUGUUAUGGCCCCAGUCAUGUGCUUGUUUUUUAGCUUAUUAUUGUUUUCACCACAAAUUGGUUCCUUUUCCUACCGAAAAUGCCCUUGAACUCGAUGUGGAAAUUCCGACUUUGCCCCUUUUAAAAUGGGAUCAAAUUCCUACUUUUCUUCAUCCAACGACGCCGUAUGCGUUUCUUAAGAGGGCAAUAUUGUCACAAUAUAAUAAUUUGUCUAAGCCCUUUUGUGUCCUUAUGGAUACUUUUUAUGAGCUCGAGAACGCCACGGUGAAUUACACAGUGGACAUUCUCGCUCCGCUCCCAAUUAAGCCUGUCGGGCCACUUUUUAAGAAGUCCGUACCCGGUGGGGCUAUUGUUCGGGCUGAUCCGCUGAGACCCGAUCAGGACUGCUUAAAGUGGCUCGACAGCAAACCCGAUGGGUCGGUGGUUUAUAUCUCGUUCGGAACAAUAGUGUUUUUGAAGCAAGAACAGGUUGAUGAAAUCGCGGCCGGGAUCGAGGCGGCUGGGGUGUCGUUCCUGUGGGUUAUGAAACCGCCUUUGAAGGAAUCCGGGCUUAGCCCGCAUACCUUACCCGACGGGUUCAUGGAAAAAGCUGGCGAUAAUGGCAAGGUGGUCCACUUUGCUCCACAAGAGCAAGUCCUAGCACACCCUGCUAUAGCAUGUUUUAUGACUCAUUGUGGAUGGAAUUCGUCUAUGGAAUCAUUAACUUCUGGAGUGCCAGUAAUAGCGUUUCCUUCAUGGGGCGACCAAUGCACCGAUGCAAAGUUCCUUUGCGACGUUUACGAAACCGGAGUACAAUUAACUAGGGGUGAACACGAGAAAAGGACCAUCCCUAGGGACGAGGUUGAAAAGUGCAUACGAGAAGCUACCUUAGGACCAAAAGCAGCCGAAAUGAAGAAAAAUGCCCUAAAAUGGAAAACAUUGGCCGAGGAAGCAGUAGCCGAUGGCGGAUCCUCCGAUCAAAACAUCGAUUUCUUUGUUGAUGGAGUACGAAAAAGGAGCGAAAUUAUACUCGCUAAUGCAAAGAUCAACGGAGGACAAAAUGGUGUAGCCCUUAAAGUAAAUGGACAUUAAUAUAAUUAAAUUCAAAUAAUUAAUUAAUCAAUUAUUUGGAUUUAAUUAAUUUGCUAUGAUGUGGGGUUUUACGUCUUUAAUUUUGAAUAUCUUUAAUUUUUAUUCUUUUACACUUUAAUAUGGUUCAUUGGUUCUUUUGAGGAUGUAUUCCUAGCAAAUAAGUAGGAAAGUUCUUUUAUUCUUAUUUAUGACUUAAAACGCGUUUCUCAUUGUUAUUCUCCUUUUCAAAUAAUUAUUAUUGGUGUAAAGUUUAUUUAGCACUUGUUUAUUACUCUCCUUAACUUAUUAAAUUAAUUGUCUAGAAAAGAAA